GCAAAAACAAAAUAUUGCGAUGACAAUUCUUUUACCAUAAUCCAAGGAGGUUAGAAUACAUGGAGAUGCCCGGCGCGCAGUCCAAGUGAAGCCAAAAAGGGGGGGAAAGCAUGCCCUUAGUAGUCGUGGCUUUAGAAAGAUUGACGAGCUCUUCAGCCAAUGAGGCAGAACCUAGCCACACCCAGUUUCGUAAAUUAAAGACCGGAUUCUUCGCGCGCUUUUUCCUUCACUUUUUCCCGCCAUUUCAUUUCUACAUUUUCUAUCAUCUUGUAGACGGCUGCAAUAUUGUUCCGAGAAGCAAUUUUUAUUCCUGCCAGAAUGGUAAAUUCCUGCGUUGCUUUCGGCUGUACAAAUAGAAGAAUAGCAGGAUCCGGUAUUACAUUUCACAGAAUUCCUAAAGAUCCAAUGUUAAGAGAAGCAUGGAUUCAGGCAAUACGGCGUAAAGAUUGGAAUCCUUCUGCAAAUGCAUUUCUCUGUUCUGAACAUUUUAAAGAAGAGGAUUUCAAUAAAAGAUACGCUAGCCACCUUGUAACGCUUAAAAAAAGGGUGUUGUUCCGAGCAUCUUUAAAGAAUUUCCAUCUUAUUUGCAGAAAGUUCAAAAGACUAAGAAAGUUCCAUUUAAGAGACCUGCUCCUGCCAACUCAGAAACUAGAGAAUUCAUAGCUGAUGAAACAUGCAGUAAUACAGAAGAUUCUCCUG